AUGUGUUGCUGUUUUGUCGUUCUCCGUAACGGCGUUAAUCGAUUAACGAUUCGUUUAUGGUGGAGACGAGAUCUCUUGCUUCGUCGCUCGUUUCACCAUUUCGAUUUUGCUUCUGCUAACGUCUUAGACGGUGACAUUGGAAUUUCAUCUACAACAGAUCAGAAGCUUACGACUCAACAUGGACCGUAUUCGACACCAACUAAGAAGCUGAAGUCUGGACCUGGAACUUCUGCUACACCCAAUCAGAAGCUGAAGAGUUCCAGUUACUUUGAGCAAGCUUUAAAGCCUUAUCCCAGUCACAUUGUACCUUCGUCUACACCAGCUCACAAGCUUAAGUCUGGACCUGGAACUUCUGCUACACCCAAUCAAAAGCUUAAGAGUUCCAGUUACUUUGAGCAAGCUURAAAGCCUUAUCCCAGUCACAUUGUACCUUCUUCUACAGCUCAGAAGCUUAAGUCUGGACCUGGAAAUUCUGCUCCACCAAAUCAGAAGCUUAAGAGUUCUUCUACACCAGAGCAGAAUCCUGGUCAGAACUUUUUGCGCAAUGUCCGUGAAGGAGAGGCUUCAAAAGUCAGCCGUGAGACAAUGAGAAAAGAAUCGUGGGUAGGAUCCAGGUGCCAUGACUUUGACGGAUGA